CCGUGGAGGCCCCUUAACCCGUGUUCAGGGCCAGGCAGCAGGCCCGGUUGGGAGUGACAGCUCCUGAGGACGCAGCAGGGGGCAUCGACCAUGGUGUGGUUGUCGGCCCUCCGGGGCACGACCUGCCGUUGCUCUGGUCGCCUGGCACGUCAUUUGUCUCAAACGGCACGGCUUGGGGAGCGGCCCGGUGGAGAGGAGCUAAGCCGCCUGCGACUGGAUGAUCUGGCGCCUACCCCACGGUCCUCCAGGGAACUUCUCUUUGGCCUGUCCCCGUGUCUUCUGGCUCUGCGGGCCGCCCGCCGCCAGGUGGCCCGGCUCUUGCUCCAGGCCGGCAGGUCCGGGGUGCAAGGAGAGCGUGCCGAGCUGCUCCGCGUGGCUGAAGCGCGGGACAUUCCAGUUCUGCGGCCCAGACGGCAGAAGCUGGACACCCUGUGCCGCCACAAGGUCCACCAGGGCGUCUGCAUGGAGGUGAGCCCGCUGCGGCCCCGGCCCUGGACUGAGGCUGGGGAGGCCAGACCAGGAGAUGACCCCCAGCAGCUCUGGCUCGUGCUCGAGGGGCUCCAGGAUCCUCGGAAUCUUGGGGCGGUGCUGCGCUCUGCUCACUUCCUCGGCGUGGACAAAGUCAUCACCAGCAGGAGAAACAGCUGCCCACUCACUCCGGUAGUCAGCAAGGCCAGCGCCGGUGCUAUGGAGGUGAUGGACGUGUUCUUCACUGAUGACCUGGGUGGAUUUUUACAGGCCAAAGCCCGGCAGGGCUGGCUCGUGGCUGGCACGGCAGCCUGCGCCGGGCCCGAGAUUUCCCGGUCCUCUGAGGUCCCCGUCACCAGUUGCCUGGAGUUCCUCUGGGACCGGCCUACUCUGCUGGUGCUGGGGAAUGAGGGCUCCGGCCUUUCUCCGGAGGUACAGGCCUCCUGCCAGCUUCUCCUCACCAUCCUGCCUGGCCGGCAGCUGCCUGCUGGACUGGAGUCCUUGAAUGUCUCUGUGGCUGCAGGAAUUCUUCUUCACUCCAUUUGCAGCCAGAGGAAGGGUUUCCCUGAGGAAGGGAAGAGAGGACAGCUUCUCCGAGACCCCUGAGAGCCCUCAGCCGCAGCGGAAGGGCCCAGAGUAGCUCAGCACCCAGGGCUGUCCUCAGGAUCGAAAAAGAGGCAAGAUGGGGGCUGACUUGGACUGACCAAGACGUGUGUGUGCCAGAGGGCAGGGGAAGGUUGCCCGUACAUCCACGGGUUUGCAGCUGCCAGAAUCUCUUGCCAGAGUGUGCAGCCAGGCUCUGUUUAUUAAUCACCAUCUUGGGAAGUAGGGAGCUUUACGGUGGAGACCAGAGGAAGUUCAGUUUCCUGUUUUGAGUUUGGACUUGCAGUUGGAGAUGGUAGCCCAUUAAUAUCUAGCAUGUGCUAGUUCAGAGGUUCUGUGUCCGCCCCUGGGCAUUGAGGAGGAAGUCUAAACAUCAGAAGGGAAAUGGGCAACUCUGUCCAGGGAUCCCAUCCAUUCCUCUCAAACCAGAGUGAGUGUGUAGAGCGAGGCCCAGGGCCCUCUUGUGGGCCAGACAGGUGCAAAUCCAGGCUUGAAACUUUGCCCCACGGGGGGCCUUGAGCACAUGGCUUCAUCUUUAUGUGCCUCAGGGUCCUGGCACCUCCCUCUCAGGGCUGUUGUGAGGCUCAAAUAAAACACCUGGUGCCCUGAGUGGUGUGGCUCAGUUGAUUGGACUGUUGUCCCACAAAGUGAAAGU